AUGACCAAGACAGUUACUGAAGCAAAGAUUUUGAUUGAAAAUCUAGCCUCAAGCGACAGUGACAACUUCAUUGGGCAUGAGAGAGCAGUGAAGGCCAUAAAUUCUGAUCCAUACAGAGAUGGAUACAGUGAGAUCAAAGCCAUGAUGGCUGAGAUACUGAGAAACCAAGGAAGAGAAGUGGAGAGACAAAGAGAAGCUUAUAGAGUUGAGUCCACAAUAAUUCAAGACUACUUUGGAGAUUUGAUUCCAAGCUUUCAAGAAGAAGUAAACUUUGUUGGAAUAGAUGGAUUGGCACGUGGAGAAGAAGCUUGGAAAGGAGAGCAUGAUGUUUUUACAACCAAGAAUCACCCAAUGAAAGAGGGAUGUUCAUGGAGGAAGAAAUUAUCAGCAACACCUCACAAGAGAAGAAUGGAGCCAAGGAGCAACUUUGAAGAUUUGAUAACUUUUAUCAAGAGUUCUCAUAAGGAGCAUACAGCCUUGAUUGAUGAGAGAUUGGAGUCAGCUUUCACGAGAUUGAAUGAGAAGUUGGAUUCAAUUUCUUCUUUCACAAGAGACUUGGAUCUUAGAGUUGCCAACAUAGCCAGCUCUAUUAAGAGAGAAGAAGGGAUGCUACCAGGAAAAGUGGAAAUCAAUCCAAGGAGAGCAGCUGUAGCAGCUAUCACUCUUAGGAAUGGAAAAGGGUAUGAGCCGCCAGCAUACCCAGAUCAAGAGGAAGCAAGCCGCCAAUCAAGAAGAAACCAAUGGAGAACUCAGGAGGAAGUGGAGAAGCCACCUGAAGAACCAAGAGUGUAUGAGCCAAAGAUCCCAUACAGAAAUGUUCUUUCUCAACCCAAGAAGGAGAAGGAGCAAGCAAAGCUCAAGGAUCUUGUUAGCCAACUUUCAGUAAGGUUACCUUUCAUUGAUGCCUGCCAGAUAAUUCCAUCUCUCAGGAAGUAUAUGAAGGCCAUACUCACAAGCAAUGUGAGUCUUGAAGAAGGAGCAAUGAUGAUUACAAAGGAGUGUAGUGCCAUACUUCAGAAUCGCAUGCCAGAGAAGCUGAACGACCCAGGAAGUUUUGUUUUGUCUUGCAAGAUCGGUUCUACACACUUCCAUAGAGCACUUUGUGAUUUGGGUUCUAGUGUGAACUUAAUGCCUUACUCAGUGGCCAAGCUAUUGGGCAUCACUGACUUCAAACCUACAAAGAUAUCUCUAGUCUUUGCAGACAGAUCUGUUCGCCGCCCUGUUGGUGUUAUAUGGAUGUUCCAAUCAUGGUUGGAGAUUGCUACAUCCCUGCUGAUUUUGUAG